AACAAAUUAUUCAUGUACAAUGCAUAGGUGCAGGGGCGGAUUGACCAUUUGGAAAACUCGGGCACUGCCCGAGGGCCCCGGGUCAAUAGGGGGCCCCAUGAGAUGCCCCUGGUACCUUUUUCAUAGGCUUUUUUGAGUUUGGGCAAGGACACAGGGGCCCCAUGAUCCCCUAUUGCCCGGGGGCCCCGUGAGUUGUCAGUCCGCCCCUGCAUAGGUGCCAACACUUCAUUGCUGCUCUUAAGAGUCCACCAGUGCUUCCUAUCAGUGCCCAUUAGUGCCACCUAUCACUGCC